GUAUCAUUGAUUGUGUCUCUGAAGAGAUUUUGUCUCUCGCAGGAGAAAGCCUUCUUUAUCUCUCUCGUUGGUUCUUUUGCUUUGGAGCUCACCCCUCGAUCUCUCUCGUUCUUUGUGCCCUAGUAAGAUGAUGACCCGAUUCAUUACUCCUCACUCAAUGUGGAGAAAGAGAUGGAAUUUCACUCCUCUCGCCUCUCUGGUUGUCCUCUCCCUCCUGAUAUGCAGGGCUGAGCAGCUGAGUUUUGCUGGUUAUCAAGAUAUAACACUGACAUCUGUCCCCAAGCCUCUCUACACUGUUAACUCUAGGAUCACUGAAAUGCCCUGCACUGCUAGUGGCCACUUAAUAGCAACAGGAGCUAAUGUGUCUCUGGAUGUCGUGUUCUUUAGGAAUGAGUCUCCAUUGUUGAAUAAAUACAACACACCAGCCAGACACCAUUACAUGACCGAUGAUGGUGUCACUGUUACUGGAUUGAUCAUCUCUCCCACUACACUGGAGGAUAAUGGAGUUCUCUUCAAGUGUCAGGUCUUCAUUAAUAAUCAACUGGUCAAUGUGUCCAGCCCUCAAGUGUCUCUCAUUGUAGCAGAUGGUAGGCCCCCAGCAAUCCCCCUCCAGGUAUCAUCAGUUACAGUUCAGUCAGUAACCUUACAAUGGAGUGCCCCUCUAUUGCCUAGUGAUGGCCCUGUCCUUCACUACACUGGUUACCUCUAUGAUGAUGAUGGUAGCACUGUCCUAUCAGUAUUUAAUAUCAGUGGGAACUCAUCGAGUGCUACAUACAGUGGUCUAUUGCCUGAUAGGCAGUAUCGUGUUACAGUGGUUGCUGUCAAUGACUAUGGUAAUGGUAAUGUGUCUACACCGAUAUCUUUUAGGACAUCACAAUCAAGCCAGGCUCCUGCUCCAACUGCUCUCUCAUUCACACUGUUAGCUGGUAAUGGUAACUUGGAAAUUGGUUGGGACAAGCCAGUUAUCAACAGCUAUGAUACCACUUACCCUAUCACUCACUACAUAGUUCAGCACAAGCUCUAUUCUUCACCAUCCUUUAUUACUGAGAAUACGCCGGAUAAUUCCACACUCUCUUUCCGUCUCCAAAGUCUCACUAUUGGUUCUGUGUACGUCUUUAAAGUCACUCCUUUUAAUUAUGGGUCUGGCACUCCUAACAGUAUUGAGAAGACUUUUACAAUGACUGAACCAAAUACUAUUGCUUCAUCAACAGCAACACCACACACUACACCAACCACCACUAGCUCACUCACUACCAGCUCAGUUGCACCUAGUUCCACUCACUCCACCACAUCCACAGGUAGCAUCAUCAUAGCUAGCUCCGAAAGCACAACAACGCAUACUUCUAAAGUGUCUAGUCAGGCCACGCCUACAAGCACCACACCUGCCACCACACUUGCAUCUCAUUCAACAUCAAGUUACACUUCCUCUUUUAUUAAUUCAGUUAGUGCCACGCGUAGUUCCUCUUCGACCCUCUCUCCCUCAGUAGAAGCUACUACUGAUAGUUAUUCUGGUGGUUCUGAUGAUUUUAGCAAUAAAGCGAUCGUGCUGGCUAGUGCUGUGAUAGCAUCAAUAAUUCUAAUUGCAAUCGUCAUAAUAGCUGUCAUACUUGUUGGAUUCUGUUUCUAUACUAAUAGAAGAAAGCAUGGAGAUGUUAACCUUUCUGUAGCGGCAACUUGGCCUGAAAGACGGCCAUCAAACAUAAAGAGAAGCGGAAGUAAAGACAGUUCAAUCAAAGGGUCCUCUCUCUCAGGCAGCAUCAGUCACAGUCUCUCGUCAGAUCAAGACUUACCAUCCAUUCAUAUGAAUGGUCCACUGAGUCACACAUCAUCAAGCAAUGUACCAUCUGAUUCACCAUCGAGUCAUAAGACUGACACUGACCUUAGGAGCAUUGAAGAGCUCUCUGAAGAUGAGAUAGAUGAGAAGCCAGUGACCACAGAAGUAUAGGAGCUACAUCUAGAGGCCAUAAUGACACCCCGCCCUUCAUUGACCCAUCUUUCUCUAGAUGAUAUGUAAAUUUGCCGUUAUCACUGACUUUCACACUAUCUGUCCUCUUCUCUCUCUCUUUUUACACCCUCAACUCAUUAACUCCUCUCUCUCUCUCUCUCUCUCUCUCUCUCUAAACUUAACUAGUGAACAUAAAACAAUUUUUAAAUUCUUCUUGUUUGUAUCAUAUACUUAAUAAUACAGUAUGUUUAUUAUGUACAUGUACAUAUUUUUGUGUGUCUGUGUUAUAUUAUUUUUGUAUCAUAACGAUUUGAUGUAUUUCAAAACUGUGAA